AUGUCACAAAACACGGGUGAUAACAAUCCACAACCUACAGUUCCAAAUCUACAACUUCAAGCCAUUAUGGGGGAGAUGAGGAGAUUGUUGAGGGAGGAGUGUGCGCAAAUACAUGAGCGGUUGGAUAGGGUGGAAGAAGGAGCACAACGGAGACCAAGGGGGAGAAGAGUACACCAAAGGGGGAAUGAAAAUGUAGGAGAUUUCGAAGGAGUAGUUUCUGAUGAAGAGGUUGAUAGGAUGUCGACGGGUACCAAUAGGAGGUAUGGUGGGAAUAGAGAAGAUAGGAACCAAGUAGACAAUUAUUUGGGGAAUAUAAAGAUGAGAAUCCCAGCCUUUCAAGGGAAGAGUGAUCCUGAAGCAUACCUAGAGUGGGAGAAGAAAAUGGAGUUAGUCUUUGAUUGUCACAACUAUUCAGACAUGAAGAAGGUAAAACUUGCUGCCAUUGAGUUUACUGAUUAUGCUAUUGUUUGGUGGGAUCAGUUGUGCACUAACAGGAGACGGAGUGGAGAUCGCCCUAUUGAAACAUGGGAGGCAAUGAAGAGGGUAAUGAGGCGACGAUUUGUACCACCUCAUUAUUAUCGUGAUCUCUAUCUUAAGUUGCAAGGCCUUCAUCAAGGCUACAGAAGUGUUGAUGAGUAUUACAAGGAGAUGGAGAUGGCUAUGAUUAGAGCCAAUGUUGAAAAGGAUCGGGAGGCAACAAUGGCGAGGUUUUUAAAUGGGUUGAACCGAGAGAUUGCUGACCCAAUCGAGCUACACCAUUAUGUGGAGUUAGAAGAUUUGGUUCACAUGACAAUCAAAGUUGAGAGACAGCUCAAGAAGGGUAGUUCAAGUUCGAGAUCAAGGCCGAGCACACACAAGCCAAGUACAACACCUUGGAGGUCGAACUAUCCAAAGAAGGAUGACCAACCCAGUUCAUCAUCUACACCAAAACCAUCCACUACAGCCACGCCACCUCAAGGUAAAACAACUCAAACUAAGUCUCAUUCUAGUGAGAUAAGGUGUUUCAAAUGCCAGGGGCGGGGACAUAUAGCCGGCCGGUGUCCAAACCAAAGAGUUAUGGUGAUUCGGGAAAGUGGAGAAAUAGAUUACGAAGAUGAAGAUGAUCUUGCCGACAUGCCACCAUUGGAAGAUGCUUCGACAAUGAAUAUGGCCCGAGAAUGCGGAGAGAUGCUUGCACUAGUUACAAGGCGAGUCCUGAAUUUGCAAGCAAAAGAAGAGGCAGAAGAAGUGCAGCGGGAGAACAUCUUUCACACUCGAUGUCAUGUGAGGGACAAGGUAUGUAGUGUCAUUAUUGAUGGAGGUAGUUGUACUAACGUUGCAAGUGCUUCUAUGGUUGACAAGCUUGGGCUUACAACGCUUAAGCAUCCUUGUCCAUACAAGUUGCAAUGGUUGAAUGAUAGUGGUGAAGUGAAGGUUACAAAACAAGUACUUGUUUCAUUUCGCAUUGGCAAGUAUGAAGAUGAGGUGUUGUGUGACGUCGUUCCAAUGCAAGCUGGACACCUCCUUCUAGGAAGGCCUUGGCAAUUUGAUCGACGAGUACAACAUGAUGGCUUCACCAACAAGUACUCAUUUACUUUCCGUCAGCGGGCAAUCACUCUAGCGCCUUUGACACCAAAACAAGUGUAUGAAGAUCAAGCGAGGUUGCAAAAAUUGAGUGACAAAAAGAAACUGAGUGAGCAAAAAGAGAGUGGAAAGAUGAGUGAGAGGAAACAGAAUGAGAGAAAAAGAGAGAAAAGUGUGGAAUCAAGUGAGAGAAAACAACACUUUUAUGCAAACAAAAGUGAGAUUAAGAGAGCAUUGUGCACAAAACAGCCCAUGAUUUUACUAGUGUAUAAGGAGACUCUUUUAAAUGCUAACCAACUUGAUUCUUCGCUGCCAAGUACCAUUGUGUCUCUUUUGUAG